AUGGAUGAUCAAGAAGAAACCCCAGUUGAUUUCGAGUUACUUCUAUAUGACCAUGUUGCUAAUGCUGAGCCAAAACUGUUGAAUAAGAUGUACAGCGCCACGAAACGUGCCUCACUGGAACAGAAAAGGCGAUCCUCUGGUAAAUUCAAGUCACUGAAAGAGGUGGUUGGUGAAUACAAUAAUAUAGUCAGUCGAAAAAGGGCAGCAACAGAGUCACCGAAUAAAACACCUGCGGCUAAAAGACAAUCACGACGUGGUGAAAUGGCAGAUUCGAGCGAUUCAUCUGAUUCCGAUGAGCAUCCAGUCAAAAUAGCGGCCGUAUGUUUUCAUUUCCAGUUGCAUGAUCUCUAG